ACUGGGUGUGUGAGCUGUCGGCAGUGUUGGCCGGCAUUAUGUUGUGUGCAGUUUGAUGACUGCUGGGUUUCGGUCCCAACUUUCCCGGUUUGUCAUCUCUGUCCCAUGAUGUGGUGAGUUUGUCUAUGGCAGGAAGGAAGAGGGGGGAAGCUGCACCGUUUGACUCCGCUCCGGAGAGUCUGUCCUCAUCCAGUUUUCCCCGGCUAAUUUACAGUAACUCCCGGGCGAGUUACUGCCUCCUUUUAGGCUUUGCACCGGGAAAAUGGCUGUACUGAAGAUACAAGACCAGCCGUCUCUGUUAAGAGCCAUCUUCAACGUGGACCCAGAUGAAGUCCGCUCCCUCAUAUUCAAGAAAGAGGAUGUCAACAUUCAGGACAACGAGAAGCGGACGCCUCUGCACGCGGCAGCCUAUCUGGGGGACGCUGAGAUCAUUGAGUUGCUCGUCCUCUCAGGAGCCAGAGUAAAUGCCAAAGACAACAAGUGGUUGACUCCUCUUCACCGAGCUGUUGCCUCAUGUAGUGAGGAUGCAGUGGCAGUGUUGCUGAAGCACAGUGCAGAUGUUAACGCCCGGGACAAGAACUGGCAGACGCCGCUCCAUGUUGCAGCAAGCAACAAGGCGGUACGCUGUGCUGAGGCUUUGGUCCCGCUGCUUAGCAACGUCAAUGUGUCUGACCGAGCGGGCCGCACUGCCCUGCACCAUGCUGCCUUCAGUGGACAUGUAGAGAUGGUGAAGUUGCUGCUGUCCAGGGGAGCCAACAUUAAUGCAUUUGACAAGAAGGACAGAAGGGCCAUCCACUGGGGAGCCUACAUGGGUCACCUGGAGGUGGUGAAGUUAUUGGUGGCCAGCGGAGCAGAGGUCGACUGUAAGGACAAGAAAGCCUACACCCCACUCCAUGCAGCUGCCUCCAGUGGCAUGAGCAGCACAGUGCACUACCUGCUGGGCCUGGGCGUCCACGUCAACGAGGUGAAUGCGUAUGGCAACACUCCACUCCAUUUGGCCUGUUACAAUGGACAGGAUGUGGUGGUCAGUGAGCUCAUUGAGGCAGGGGCCAACGUCAACCAGGUGAAUGAGAGGGGUUUUUCUGCUCUCCACUUUGCCUCCUCCUCACGCCAGGGGGCGCUGUGUCAGGAGCUGCUGUUGGCCCACGGAGCUCACAUCAACAUGCGGAGUAAGGAUAGUAAGACUCCUCUCCACAUGGCAGCUACUCAUGGAAGGUUCUCCUGCUCGCAGGCCCUCAUUCAAAAUGGAGCUGAGAUCGAUUGUGAGGACAAGAGCAGAAACACUGCCCUUCACAUCGCUGCCCGCUGUGGCCAUGAGCUCAUCAUCACAGCACUCAUCAAACACGGAGCCAACACCGCCAAGAGAGGCAUUCAUGGUAUGUUCCCCCUACACCUGGCAGCUCUCAGCAGCUUCUCAGAUUGCUGCAGGAAGCUGCUGUCCUCAGGGUUUGACAUAGACACCCCUGAUGACUUUGGAAGGACCUGUCUACAUGCUGCUGCAGCUGGAGGGAACCUGGAGUGUCUGAACCUGCUGUUAAACAUAGGAGCGGACUUUAACAGGAAAGACAACUUUGGAAGGACUCCACUUCACUAUGCAUCAGCCAACUGUAACUACCAGUGUGUGUUUGCUUUGGUGGGCUCCGGGGCAAGCAUCAAUGAGCUGGACCAGAGAGGCUGCAGCCCCCUGCACUAUGCUGCUGCAGCUGACACUGAUGGAAAGUGUGUGGAAUACCUGUUGAGGAACGAUGCUGAUCCAGGAGUGAGAGACAGGCAGGGUUACAGUGCAGUGCACUAUGCCUCAGCCUACGGACGCACACUCUGCCUAGAACUGAUGGCAAGUGAAACACCUCUUGAUGUGUUAAUGGAAACAUCAGGAACAGACAUGUUGAGUGACUCAGAGAGCCAUGCUCCCGUCAGUCCACUCCACCUGGCGGCUUACCACGGACACUGUGGAGCUUUAGAGGUUCUCUUGUCGUCCCUGCUGGAAGUGGACGUUUGCAGCCCAGACGGCCGGACGCCCCUCAGCCUGGCCUGCUCCAGGGGUCACCAGGAGUGUGUCUCUCUGCUGCUGCACCAUGGCUCCUCACCAAUGACCCGUGACUACACAAACAAAAAGACAGCCAUACAUGCUGCAGCUAUGAAUGGCCACCCAGAGUGCCUGCGCCUGCUCAUGAGCAACAACAACCAACACAUUAAUGUGGACGCACAAGACGCCAACGGACAGACUCCUCUGAUGUUAGCAGUGCUGAAUGGACACACAGAGUGUGUGUACUCUCUACUCAGUCAAGGAGCCAGUGUGGAGAAUCAGGAUCGCUGGGGGAGGACAGCACUACACAGAGGGGCGGUGACCGGCCAGGAGGAGUGUGUGGAGGCCCUCCUCCAGCGGGGGGCCAGCGUGUGUGUCAAAGACAUCCGUGGCCGCUCCCCUCUCCACCUGGCAUCUGCUUGCGGACGUGUGGGUGCUCUAGGUGCUCUGCUGCAGGCCACCGCCACCAGCUCACACACUCACACACACCUCACUGACAACCAGGGCUACACACCUCUGCACUGGGCCUGCUACAACGGAUAUGAUGCUUGUGUGGAAGUGUUGUUAGACCAGGAGGUGUUCAAGAAGAUUAAGGGCAACUCUUUCAGUCCACUGCACUGUGCUGUUAUGAACGAUAACGAGGGAGUAGCUGAGAUGUUAAUCGACUCCCUGGGCGCAACUAUCGUCAACACCACUGACUCUAAGGGCAGGACCCCUCUUCACGCCGCAGCUUUUUCCGACCACGUGGAGUGUGUUUCCCUGCUGCUGAGCCACGGAGCUCAGGCAAACGUAGUCGACACCCACUUGUGCAGGACGCCGCUUAUGAUGGCAGCUCUCAACGGACAGACCAAUACUGUGGAGGUGUUGGUGAGCAGUGCUAAAGCAGACCUGGCACUACAGGAUUCACACAGGAACACAGCAUUACAUCUGGCUUGCAGCAAGGGUCAUGAGACGAGUGCCUUGUUGAUCCUGGAGAAGAUCAGCGACAGGAACCUCAUCAACUGCACCAACGCUGCUCUCCAGACGCCCCUGCACGUAGCAGCCAAGAAGGGAUUGACAGUGGUGGUCCAGGAGCUGCUGGGGAAAGGAGCCAGUGUGUUAGCCGUGGAUGAGAAUGGUUACACUCCAGCUCUGUCCUGCGCUCCCAACCGCGAUGUGGCCGACUGCCUGGCGCUCAUCCUCAAUUCCAUGAUGCCCACCUCCCCUAUGGUCACCAUCACAGCUUUGCCUGCGCUUUCUCUUACGCAGACAGUCAUCAACCACCACCCCACUAACAACCACAUCUCCAAAGGCGUGGCCUUUGACGCCCCACCGCCUCUGAGGCCUGACCAUGCCUCCUACUGCAGGCCAGAGCGCCCGCUAUCCUCCAUCUCUGCGGACGAUGAACUGAAUGAUUCCGAUUCAGAGACAUACUGA